AUUAAUUAUUGACCAAGUAUUAGCCUACAUCCUCUUGAGGAUGAGGUGAUUUUGUCUGUGGAUAUUUCUUUCUUGUCUGCUAAACACGUCUCUACACAGGGCAAUACCCCGGAGAGAGGAUGGCAAAAAUUCAGAGACGACGCUCGCAAAACACAGGUUUGUAUGCCUACACUAUUUCACCAUGACAACUUGUCGUGACAGCGUGAUAUCUUACAGAAAAACUGGAAAUCGGUUGGUAACUAAAUUAAGAUCGAUAACAACAUCUCUCUCACUGCUUUUCCCCGAACAUGACCUGCGCAACUCAGAAUGUAAGGCGGGCCGUAAUACUUUAUGAAAAACUUGUGCGGGCCAAAAGAAAAUAGGACAGGUGGGAAAGCUAUGAAGAGAAUAAUAAGAAUAAAGAAUAUUUAGUUUUUUCGAGGGCCGCAAAGUGGGUGCUGGUGGGCCGUAAGUUGUGCAGGCCUGACCUGAACAAUCGGUGUUUUCGACUUUGUCUUUGUGACUAGUUACAAACAGCAUGCACCAUAAUGUACCAGCUUUAGACGCGAAACUGCCAUGAAAUAUUUUCAACAUCACUUUAUAAUAAUUUUAAAAAAAGUUAGCCUUCUCCUUAGGGCAGCGGUUCUCACCUGUGGGUCGCGACCCCUUUGGGGGUCGCACGACCCUUUCACAGGGGUCGCCUAAGACCAUCUGAAAACACAUAUACUCUACAGUUAUAAAGUUUCAACGAAAAUAAACUUGUGGUUGGGGGUCGCCACAACAUGCGGAACUGUAAAAAAGGGUCGCGGCAUUAGAAAGGUUGAGAACCACUGCCUUAGGGUGAACAUUGAGCUAAGGAGAGACAUGUCUGUUACAGGAGAGGCAUGUCUGUUAAAGUAGUGUAUUCAUUCAAGCCCCAUGGAUGGCAGAACUUAUGUUUGCAAACAUCUCCAUAAUGUCAGUGUUAAGAAUAGGAAUCUUUUUAAUUUCUAGAUUUAAUUUCAUCCAUCUCGUGUUUCAUCUCUUGUUGUGUCUGCUGAAGAAGGCAUCGAGCCAAAACGUCCGUUUCAUUGUCCUGUCGUUUGUUGUCAAGCCUUAACAUUUCUUGCUCCACUAUUUAUUUAGACUACUUCUGACAGCCUGUUACGAAAUCUAGGCAUGGUAAAACAGUUCUGUUAUUUUCAACCAUUUCCAAUUCAUGAAUUUAACAGUGAAGUGUGUUUUAAAUUAAAUUUUAAUUAGCUUUAACUUUCAAACAGUUUUUUAUUUGGAAAGUGUGACGUACAUUUGAGAUUCGAGACAGAUUGUGACAGCGUUGAUGGAGGGGGUAAAUUUGUCAAAAGAAUAGCAUAACAUACUUUAUGGACGGUCCCUUAAUUGUAAACUUUUUUUUUUGAAGAGGUACAAAAGCCAGAAUCCAUUGUCCAUACAACUUGUUGAAACAUGUUUGGAAAGGUGAAAAUUCAGUGUUUGCUAUUGGAAUCAACAGCUAGCAAAUGCUUGCACUUCUGAAGAAAACAACAACCGUAAAUACCCUAUGAUUUGCCUACAGGGUCUAUCUUGUGCGAUUCUGAAGAAAACAACUGUACGUAAUGUAUGCUAUAUACUAUAUGAUUAUAUGAUUUUCCUACACGGCGUGCGGCAUGACUAUCCACAUUUGAAGAAAAUACAACCAUGAAAAACCUAUCUUUAUGCAUAUUGAAUGACCUGUGCAUGCCAUGCAUUAAGCAAUAAAAAAGCAAAGCCUGGUUGUGGAGGACAACAUAUACAAACUGAACAAACACUAUAAGAAAAACGACACGAAAAAGUCAGAUCAGCUGAAGCACAUUCAUACAAUUAUUGUCAUAUACAUAUUUAAAACAAAAUACAGUGAUACAUCUGACAACACUGAUUUCUAAAGCGCUGAUAAUUAUGUAACUAAAUGUAAUUAAAAUUUAUUUUAUUUUAUUUUAUUUUAUUUUGGUUCAUGAUACGUUUAUUCGACUUAUUUGACGAAUAGAAAUUGUAUUAUAUUAUUAUUUUAAAGAGUAAACUCCCUUGUGUAAACUUCCGAUUCUGUGGUAUCAAUGGAUCAGAAUUAGUUAGCCUUGGCCUAUACUAUUAUUCUCAUAGUGAGUAUUUAUAAAAUAGUUCAUUGUGUGUGUGUAUUUUAUGGUAGUAAUGUAAGGCCUACCGUAUAACUUGUUAGAGUUUGAGUCUUGCUAAAUUCAUUACUCACUCACUCAGUUACAGUACUUGCAACUCACUUAAUUUAGUCAGCCACUGGACUCAUGAAUGAAUGAGUCUGAAUGACAUUUUCAUUUGAAUAACUGGUAAGUAGAAUGAAACUCUCUUAUUUUGGGAUUAUAAAUUGAUAAUAAGGCGCCAUCCAUAAUAACUGACGUCACGCUAUUUUCGAUGACUUUUCUUUUUACCCCCAUCGUCACAAAAGAAUAGAAACCCCACACCUAACAUGUUUUUUGGUCACAAAACCCUCCCCCCCCCCCCCCCCCAAUUGCCCCCAUAAUUAAAAUGUAAAAAAUCAAUUAAUUCAAAAUUCCUAAUGCAAAUGCUCCCACUUUGUUUCAACUGUUUCAAAUUGUUUUCAAAUUAAUUUCAAGGUUAUUAUACAUGGGACCAGUAAAUUAAUUACUGGGAAGUUUUUAGAAUGUGCUAUUUCCUAUCUAUAGGCCCCUGGUCCUGAACUGAGUGUGUAGUUCAAAAACAAAAUUCUUUGUCUGCUGCUGAUACUGUCUUGACCUUUUUAAACUAAAAAAAUUCCUAUCCUGUGGAUAGAAUUAGAUUGAUAUACCACAUCUGUGUCAGAAACAUUUCCUCAUAGAAUACUUACUGGGGUCAUCACAAUAUAAAAUAGUUCAUUAAAAAUGUUGCUGUUUCAUGGUGCUCUUGAUAGAAUUUGCCUGCCACAGGGCACCAUUCACCAUGGGAAUCCUUGGUAGUAGCAAGGGUGCCUUAAUUCAUUACAGUUUGGUAUAUUGAAAUUCUCCUCUAGAACAGUGUUUCCCAUGUUCCCAAAAUGUUGUUCUGCAGAUAUGCAUUGUUCGUUUAGCCUUACAUUGCAGGGCAUACAACAUGAAUAAUAAUGAUAAAAAAAUUAAAUACUAAUAAAUCUGUCAGGGUGCCAGGUGCAAUUUCAUUUCUUGUCCUCCAAACUGCUCUAGAAAGUCACCCAGAAUUAACUAAGGCCACUUUCCUGGUCAACUAUUUUUCGUUCAAAUAUGUGACUGCUUUACCCAAAUAGGCUAAUAAUAACAACCAUCUUCUAAGCCAGGGAUUCCCAACUUUUUUUGACUAAGGGAACCCUUUUUAGAAUUUAUUUUUAGCCCCUUAGACUCAACCUAUGUCUUACAAAAUUAUGGUUUUUGGGAGUAGUUUUAUGGAGUGGCAUAAGGUAAAAUAAUGGGACAUUAAAUCCGCUUCACAGAAAUAUGUAUUUGAGAAAGGCAGCAUUACUAAUUUUGAUUUCCUAAACAUUAUUUUGAAAUCAUUUUGUAAAUGCAGCCAAAACUCUGUCAGACUUUGAUUUUAAAACAUGAUUUUUAGUUAACUGUGAGAUGUCAAAUAUAUGAGCACCUCAUUUUCCAUUGUGUAUUGGCUGGUGAAGGGGUUGUUAACAAAGAACAUAUUCAGUACGGUACCCAUUUAAAGUCAUGAGCACCUUCUCUUUAGCUGUCAAAAAUAAUGUUCAAAUAACAAUGUCAAAACUGUGAGAUGCGCCUCAAUAUUUUCCAGUAUUUUUUCUUGAAUUUUAAAUUUACCAGGUAUUUUUAUUCAAGAAGCUUUUUGUAAGCGGGAAGCAAUCACAAUGUUCCCUUUUCACACUCUACAAAUAAUAUAUAAAUUUCCUCUUAGAAUAAUACACUUUGCAUUUGCUUCAAGAAGGUAGCAGUUUUUCCUUGUUACGAUAAUAUAUUUCACUUCCUGUUGGUAAUAGUCUGCAAAGAAGAAGUACCUCCUGGUGUCUUUGUAAGUAAACAUAAUACCUAAAAUAACAUUAAGUCCAGUACAGCAGGCAACAGCAGUCUAUUUAUCAAUCUGUAGUGCAAAUUCGUUAACCUUCUAAUUACAUAAAUAAAUGCUCACAAAGAGGAGGACAUAACUUGCGGAAGAAAUGCUAAAAGAAUCACCAUGCUUUCGCUAUGAACAUUUACUGUGAAAUGACUCUAAAUUUACUAGCCACCCUGAAUUUAUAUGGGUCUAAUUUUUUAGAAACUUUAGCAGAUUCAGGAAUGCUCAAAAAGCUUCGGACAUACAUUUAUGCUAGUAAAUUUUCGUUCGUUUUUUUGUUUCUAUUCUUUAAAUCUAAUUGAUUUUUUAUUUAUUUUAUUUUCUGCUGGAGUGGCCACGAAGCUCCGAGAAGUGCAUGCAGAGCCCUUGCAUUUUUAAUAACUUUUCACCAGAAAGAUAAAAUUAUAUGUGAAAAAAAAAGUUUGCUACACAACUAAGAUUAAGAAAAUGUGUGUCGCUGAAGCUGGAUGGUUGUGCUAGGAAAUUUGAUAUCAUGUGACAUCAAUGAAUAGCUUUUAGGCUAUUGAAGAUGACUUAUUUAACCAACUGCCAUUGUGAGGAGCUCAGGCAAUGCCAUGGUCUUAAACUUCAUUACAUCAAAGUUUGCGGACAGCGACUGGACUUUGUCAGAUCAUUAAAAAACGCUCCCUUUUAUUUCAGGAUUUAACAAGUCUCCUGACCUCUGAGACUAUUAUUAUGUGAUUAGAUUUUUAUGUACAAACCUAUCAUAUGAACUUUGUGCUAAACACCUUAAAUUUCUUUACAUCUGAUGAUAAAGCUCAGAGGAUGCCUUCUACUUUUAGACGUUUCAAUAGAUUAUUGACCUUGAGGAAUGCAGUCAUCUUGGGAAUCAUCACUCUUGUGUUCACAUUUCUAAUGCGUAAGUGUAAGUCUCUUUAAUUAAAUUAAUUUUGAUUUUUGUCAAACCAUACGCUCUAGUACAGUGGUUCUCAACCUUUCUAGUGCCACGACCCUUUAAGACAGUUUCUCGUGUCGUGGCGGCCCCCAGCCACACAAUUAUUUUCGUUGCUACGUCAUAGGUGUAAGGAUAUGUGUUUUCAGAUGGUCUUAGGCGACCCCUGGAAAAGGGUCCCGCGACCCUCAAAGGGGUCGCGACCCACAGGUUGAGAACCGCUGCUCUAGUAUAAAGUUAAAUAAAGAAUAACACUUUUAAAAAUUUUCAGAUAUGUUCAUUAAGAUGUCCAUUACUUUGCAUAAUUUUUUUCCACAGAGUUUUGCAUGAUACCUUAAAGGCACUGAGGUUAAUCUUUAUAGAUUUUAUUUCUGGAGAAAAAUUGCAGUAGUGGUUAUCCUUUUUUUAAAAUAUACACCAAGCUUUUUUAAAAAAAAUGGCAACUCCAAAUAACAUAACCAUUGCAAGGAAAAAUUCCUCAGGCUGACUGUUUGCUUUGAUUGUUUCCAGUUAUAUUCAGUGGUGAUCUUCACAAUUAUGACAGACAUGAUCUUCGCAUAACGAAGGGAAGCCAAGACAGACCAAAAAGCAAGCACUUGGUUGAAAACUUGAUAGUACAAGAAGACGAUGGGGAAGCCAUCCAAUAUUAUAAAGGUUUGUUGUCAUGUUGGUCUUAAAAAAAAGUGAAUACUUUUUUUAAUUACACAUUAUAAAUACAAAAAUUUAGAGAAGCAAAUUAUAUGCCAGUACUUUAAAACAGGUAAUUUUUAAAAUUGAAUUAUUUUGUGCUUUUGUCAUUUUGAGUCUAAUGUUUGAUUUAGUUAGGAUUUAACAUAUUUUAAUCAAAGCUUUGUUGUUUUAUUGAACAGAUACAAGACCUCCUAUGAGUGUUGCCAGAAUAGCCAAGUACUGUAAUCCUCCAAGUGGCCAAACAAUGGGAGAAGAGGGUACUUGUUUCCUUCUACAUGUUAUUACUUGAUGUAUUAAUCCUGAUGCUGUUAAUUAUAUCCUAUCUUUGAAAUGGAAUCUUGAGUUGUGAAACAGCUUCAAAAAAUCUAUUUAGUUUAGGUCAACUCCAUCAGUCGAAGUACUUUUAUUUCCAGGUCUCAUUCCAAGUGACUACAAGCUGUUGAAUGUUCAUGUUGUCAUACGUCAUGGGGAUCGUUCACCUAUUGGCAGGCUCCAGGGUGGGAAAUCUGGGGACUUGAGCUGCCUCCUUGAUGUCUCUCAUUAUCCUCAUCUCCCCAAAGUGAACAACUUUGUCCACAUCAUGGCAGGUGCUGCCAAGGAACGGUCCAAAGAUAAUGUGUUUAAUAGGUAA